AUGGCCUUCCCCAAGGCCUUUCUCCUUGCCAUCCUCGGCUGCCUCUGCUUCUGUAGCUCUGUACUUGCAGCUCGCGAACUGAACAAAGACUUGUCCAUGGUGGCGCGCCACGAGGCUUGGAUGGCACAGUAUGGCCGUGUCUACAAGGACGCUGCCGAGAAGGCGCAUCGAUUUGACGUGUUCAACGAUAAUGUUAGGUUCAUCGAGUCGUUCAACACUCAAAACCGCAAGUUCUCCCUCGGCAUCAACCAGUUUGCUGACCUCACCAACGACGAGUUCAGGGCAACCAAGACCAACAAAGGGUUUAUUCCAAACAAGGUAAAGGCUUCGAUGGGAUUCAGGUAUGAGAAUAUAAACUUGGAUGCGCUCCCAGCAAUAAUGGACUGGAGGACAAAAGGCGCGGUCACUCCUAUAAAAAAUCAAGGGCAAUGUGGCUCUUGUUGGGCAUUUUCCGCUGUUGCCGCAACCGAGGGUAUUGUCAAGUUAAGUACCGGCAAACUUGUCUCACUCUCCGAGCAGGAAUUGGUCGAUUGUGAUGUCCAUGGUGAAGACCAGGGCUGCGAGGGAGGACUCAUGGAGGACGCAUUUGAGUUCAUAAUCAAGAACGGUGGCCUCACAUUGGAGUCCAACUACCCAUAUGUCGCAGUAGACGGCAAGUGCAAGGGUGCAUCCAAUAGCUCCGCGACAAUUAAGAGCUAUGAGGAGGUGCCGGUAAAUGAUGAGGGUGCCCUCAUGAAGGCCGUGGCAAACCAACCUGUUUCAGUUUCUGUGGAUGGAGGUGACAUGACAUUCCAAUUUUACUCCAGUGGCAUCAUGAGUGGAUCAUGUGGCACGGAUCUAGAUCAUGGGAUCGCAGCCAUUGGUUAUGGAGCAGACGGUAAUGGCACAAAGUAUUGGCUGCUGAAAAAUUCAUGGGGCACAACAUGGGGAGAGAAAGGAUUCUUAAGGAUGGAGAAGAACAUUAGUGAUAAGAAGGGAAUGUGUGGCAUUGCCAUGGAUUCCUCCUACCCCACUGCAUAG